CCUGACAGAGUCCAAAGCGCCCUAGACCCAGUCCUCCUCCGCCUUGACGCCAACAACGUCCCCCCGCCCCGCGCAUGAGCCGCCCCGGAAGCCGUCACCCGGAAGCAGUCGCGCAGCCGCAGUGGGAGCGGGGCAGCAUGGCGUCCCAGGCCAAGAAGCGCGCCCUGGGCAGCCGGCGCCCGCGGGCCCCGGGAGCUCGGGCCGGGCAGGGGCGCGCGGAGACUCCGGAGGACACCGACGAGAGCUGCGAAGAGAGCGGCGGCAGUGACGAGGAGGACGAGGAGGACGAGGAGGACGAGGAGGACGAGCUCGUCAACCAGGAGGUGAACGUGGAGUUUGAAGCUCAUUCUAUCUCCGGUAAUGACUUUGAUGGGAUAAAGAAAUUGCUGCAGCAGCUCUUCCUCAAGGCUGCCGUGAACGUCGGGGAGCUCACCAAUCUCCUAAUUCAGCAGAACCACAUCGGCAGCGUCAUCAAGCAAACAGAUGUUCCAGAAGAAAGCGAUGAGGAGGAUGCUGAAGAAGAGGAGAUUUUCGGUUUCAUAAGCCUCUUGAAUUUAACCGAAAGAAAGGGUACCGAAUGUGCCGAACAAAUUAAGGAGUUGAUUCUGAGCGUCUGUGAGAAGAACUGUGAGCAGAGUGUGGUCGAACAGUUGGAUAAGCUCUUAAAUGAUGCUACCAAGCCUGUGGGCUUUCUGCUGAGUGAGAGAUUCAUUAAUGUUCCACCCCAGAUCGCUCUGCCCAUGCACCAGCAGCUGCAGAAGGAGCUCACAGAGGCCCAGCAGGCCAACCAGCCUUGUGGGAAAUGCUACUACUAUCUCCUGAUCAGCAAGACAUUCCAAGAGGCCUCAAAUUCCAAGAAAAAGGGUAAUGUGCCCCGGAAAGAAGAGCUCAUGUUUGCCAACGCAGAGGAGGAGUUCUUCUAUGAGAAAGCCCUUCUGAAAUUCAGCUACUGCGUGCAGGAGGAGAGUGGCCUGGUGCUGGGGGGCAGCUGGUCUUUUGAUGACUCGCCCAUGAGGCCCCUGAGGACGGUCAUGGUGAUUCCGGCCAGCAGGAUGGGCUCGAUCAUGGAGGCACUCCGCGAGUACCUGUCUGUCUAGGGCAUGUCUGCUGCCCGCGAGGGGCUCGCUUCCUGAUGGACCCACCGGAGAUUGAAGGGUUUUGAGAACCCAUAUAUAACAGGUGCUGGUUGGUUCCGGCACCACGGCCUUAAUAUUUGGGUUUUACAAAUCCCUUUUUUUUCUUUUUGGUCAAAUGUACCCUGGGCUUGUGCAACAUUUAUUAAAAACUCAUUCCUUACUCCAAAAGAAACGACACACAGGCUAGGAAUUAAAAACCGAGCAACGACUGUUUAUUCAGGUUGCUUGAACGAUGUACAAAGCAUUUUAUUUGUACAAAAUUAUCUCGGCUGGCUGAUUUGUCUCGCCUCGUGUUAGGUCUCUGUACAUCCUUCAUGUUGACAAACCACUACAAUGGUUAAUGUUGGGUGUUUAUUGCACAUCCUGUAUAGUGUAGAAUUAAGGUUUCAGAGUCACUGAAUGACGCACCGCGGCUCGGCAGCAGCUUCCGGGCACUCUUCGCACAUUUUCUCUUUGCCUGGCUUCUGGUCCUUUUUCACCGUGGAGAUGGGCGCUAAGUGAUUGAUCACUUGCUGCAGAAUAUCCUUGCUCUCACUAGGAGGCAGAUUACUGAAGUAAUAUGGUGGCGCCAACUGCAUGAAUCUGUGGGAGCAAAGGAAGAAAGGCAGCGAUUUAAAGAAUUUUAAAGAAAAAACAGUGAAGUUUUUGGUAAGUGAUAAAUACCAAACUCUGCAGAACUCCAUAACUGAACCGGAGCUCACACAUUCCACCAGAUACAGAACCCCCAGAGCAGUUUGGCCGUGAGCCGAUGUCAGGUGCCCCAUGUGGGUUUGGAGGGCAAACGGACACUCCUUACUGAGCAUGCUGGGAAAGCCCGAGAUGGACCAUUUCCUUAAAGAUUCUUUAUCAGAAGUGUAUUGGAGGAUUUUUGGUGGCUGUGCCAUGAGAAGCGGCGCCCUUGGUUUCUCUGCAGUUUUUUAGGGCCAGCUAACGGCUUCCCUAAUGACAGCACAUUGAAAAGGGCCUGCUGCCUCAGGAACCCUUAUUCUCAGGGCUGGCUUUGGGGCAGAGGCUCUCGACCUUCUGAGAAGGUUUUAAAGUGCAAAGAUUAAACUUUGUUGGGUUACAAAGGAAACCACAGAUACUGAAACUGUUUAAAAAGUUUUCUUUUUUUAAGGAAUUAUGUUCAUAGACCUAGCUAAAGUAGCCCUGCUCUGGUGGGAUAGCGAUUGAAAAUACAAGGCAGAGUCUUUCAAACCUCUUUGGGAGGCCAGUGGCCUGCAGGGGGAGCCAUGACCAACAAAAUGGCUCCAUUUUCUUAAGGCUGCUUAUGCAUUUUGUUGUCAGUGGACUAUUUUUGAACAAAAGUUUUCAAAAUACUUUUAUUCCAAACACAUUAAUUAUUAAUAAAGUGUUACAUUAAU